AUGGCUUCAGCAGAAAGCUUCGCCAAGUGGGACAAGAGCCCAAGUGUCGACGCAUCUUUGCAGCACUGGCGACUGGACAAGAUCUACUCUUUCGGGAUUCGAGAGACAUGCUACAAGGCAGAGCUUACCGCCAUGUGGUAUCCGAAACAGUCGUUGCCAUGCUGGGGUCUCGCUGUACGUCACACUGAAUGGGCCACCCAUCUUGCAGAGCUUGAGCGGCUGCAGACCGGUCAUCAGGCUAACUGGGGUGACACUGUUUCCACCUUCUUACCCGCUGAUGGAGGCUCUUCGAUUUUUCUGGACGAAGAUGACGAUUUGGGGGUCAGCAAGUUGAAACUCGACAGCGACGCGGAGGGGCUGCAGCAGGGACCGUCUUGGGAAGGGGUUCGCAUCUUGACGAACAUACUGCUGCAGCUUUCCGGGAUCGUCAGUGCAGUGAAAAUGGGCGAAGGAGAUGCUGAAGUCUGA